AUGGAGUUUGAGAAGGUUUGGUUCCGAGAAGCACGGCACACUGAGGAAAUCAACGGAAACGAAAAUAAUGUUGUUGAUAAAGAGCUUUGGUGCGUUUAAAUAUUUCUUAAAGUUAAACUAGACCUCGUCUGGCAAAUCACUGAAAGAUUAUUCUAAUUUUAGGCGUAAAUCAAAAGAUCGCACGAAAACAGUUUCUGUGGCACUUGUUUUGUGUUUGAACAUUGCUGUAGAUCCUCCAGAUGUUCCGAAAGCACCGAAUGGGCCAAGAAAGCAGGCUUGGGUGGAAUCUGUUCUUUGUAGUCCACAGAAGUCGGCUAAUAAGAUAGCUCUUAGCUUACAAAGCAACUAUGAAAAAUUACAACCUAGAGCAAGGUAAGUUUCAAAAUAUUUUUUAUAUUUUGGGCUUUUAGGUAACUUGUGACUAGUUGAUGUUUAUAUUGUUUCUGUUCAAAUGAGUCACUGUUUUGGACCUAAACCUAAUAGAAAAGUUAGUAGAAAUUUAUAAUCGAUUUUUCAAAAAUCAUAACAGAAUCUACACACUUUUUUAUUAAAAGUAGUAUAAGGCCCUUUUAGGUACAAAACUGCAAUUGAUCCAACGAUUGAAACGGUCAAAAAGUUGUGUCAAACCUUAAGAAGAAAUGCCAAGGAGGAGAGGGUGUUGUUCCACUUUAAUGGGCAUGGUGUUCCACGACCGACAGAUGCUGGAGAAAUCUGGGUUUUCAACCGAACGAUCACACAAUACAUUCCACUUUCUUUAUAUGACUUACAAUCAUGGAUGGGCAGUCCGACGAUUUAUGUAUGGGACUGUAAUUCAGCUGGGACCAUAGUCAAUAUGUUCACGCGGUUUGCUGAAGAACAACAAUUUAGAGCAUUACAGGCUAGAUCAAGGGAAUGCAAACUUGAUGUAAGUAAUUUUGCGUAUGAUAAGGUGACGUUUAAACGGUAUUCUUAUAUUCCAUUUGUAAUAAAGGAAAUGUAGAGUUGCAUUAAAAAUAUAGUGCUACGUCAAGUAUAUUUAAAAUAUUACAGGAAACCAUUCAAAUGGGGGCUUGUCGUGCCGGAGAACUGAUACCUCAACAUCCAGACUUGCCAGCUGAUCUAUUUACCUCAUGUUUAACCACACCUAUUCAAACUUCUUUAUUGUGGUACAUGGUGAAAACAGGUACAAAGGACAACUAUCCUCCAGAUAUUAUUGACCAACUGCCUGGCCAACUGACUGAUCGAAGGACGGUGCUUGGAGAACUGAAUUGGAUAUUCACAGCGAUUACUGAUACGAUAGCAUGGAAUGCGUUGAGUACUGACACUUUCCAGAGACUGUUUAGACAAGUAAGUUAGUUUAUAUUUUGUUUCAACUUUAGAUAUUCGCCGAUGAAGCAACCAUAAAAACUAAAAUUUCAGGAUUUACUAACAGCUUCACUGUUUCGUAGCUUCUUGUUAGCAGAAAGAAUAAUGUUGGAGAAUAGCUGUCAAGUUGUCAGUCAGCCAGCGUUACCUUCUGUAGCUUCUCAUCCGUUGUGGGAAUACUGGGACUACACGAUGGACAUUUGUCUUGCCAACAUAUCUAACUUAAGGUGCCUCAAGAAGAACAUUCUGUGUAUCGGGAGGAACGAAUUCUUUGUCAAAUCGUCGUUGAAACACAAUUGUGAGUUUUGCAACGUUGCAUGUUGUUCAAAACUGUUAUUUUAUUCUAGUUUUAUUAAAAUUUCAUUUGAAAUGUAUACUUUUAGUGUUGGAGAUUCAGACAUUUGAAUCGGAAGGAACGAGCAACUUCUUCGUCGAUCACCUGAAGGCAUUUGAAGUGUGGCUGAAGUUUGGAAUCGAGAAAAGGAAACCUCCAAACGAGCUGCCAGUUAUUCUACAGGUUCUUCUCAGUCAAUCUCACAGAGUAUUGGCCCUAGAACUUUUGGCCAAAUUUGUGGAUUUGGGGGCUUGGGCAGUUGGAGCAGCUUUGUCAGUCGGAAUCUUCCCUUACGUACUCAAACUGCUACAGAGCACGGAUCCCAAUCUCAGAGGUCCUCUAGCCUUUAUUUGGGCCAAGAUCCUGUGUGUUGAUCCAGAAUGUCAGCAUGAGUUGAUCAAGGAGAACGGCUACUUCUACUUUAUUCAGAUUCUGAACGACAGUAGCACUAUGCCCAGAAUGAAGAUCGUGCCGGCCUUUGUCAUGGCCACGCUGAUUGACAAAAGAUGCAGAAUCGCUCAGGAAAAGCUGGUUCAGUCAGAUUACAUGACCUUGUGUAUGGAGUUGUUGGCUAGCAACGAGGUGAUCAAGUGCAAGAUGUUGUGUUUGUGGCUUCUGAUUGGACUGGGGAGAUUGUGGGCCGAGUAUGAUAAGGCACGAUGGAACGCUAUCAGGAACGUGGCUUACGAAAGAGCUAUGGACUUUUUGACCGAUGAACUCCCAGAAGUCAGAGCAGCUGCCGUUUAUGGAUUGGGGUGUUUUGUACGGAAUAGAAGUGUCAACAAUGAGCACGCUACUACUGUAAGUUUAACUAUUAUACUUUAAAGGUUAAUAUUAUCGUCUCGUGGUAAGAUUUAUUUUUAUUAUUUAUUUCAUUUGAAUUUAGAUUGACAACGAAGUAUGCGACAAAAUGUGUGAAAAGUGCACGUUUGAUGGAUCAGUUUUGGUACGCGCCGAGCUUACAGUAGCCAUACAAUGGUUUGUCAUCGACUUUGAACAAAGAUUCUCGGAACUUUUCAUUCAGCUGAACAAGACAUAUUUUGCAAAACAAUUCGAAACCAUGAGUCAGGUAAAACUUGAAUUUUUUGUAGGUAAACCUUGUUUUGAUAUUGUAGAUCACAUAGGUAACAUUUAUUAUAUUGUGAUUUUAGAGGUCAAUGAAUGGGUUCGAACAAAAUGGCAACCUGAAGCUCUCUGAAUCUAAAGCCAUUAUUCGAUUUGGAGAUGGCGACGAAACUUUCCCUGAUUUCUUGAAGUAGGUGUUUAUAUUUUUGAUUUAAUAUCAAAGAAAGUGAAAUAAUAUAUCAAAAUAAUACUAUUUUUGGUAAAAUAAGUUGGAACUUCUUAUUUUUAAUAUUGACAUGGUUUUUUAGGAAAAUGGUGUAUGAAAACAUGAAGUACUUGGAGAACAAAGCCUUCAACGACCCGUUCGAAAGGAUCUGGUUGUCGUUGUUGUACCUUUGUUUCGACUCUUUCCCUUAUGUUUCCACGAUGGCCAGAGUAAGUUAUUGUUACAUUUUAAAUAUUUUAUGGCCGCAUAUGUUACCUUUAGUUGUCUAGCUAACUCAGUUUGGAUAUAUUUUGGUAGUUAUUGUUCAUUUGACUGUAUUUUAGAGGCUAAUCAGACACAUUUACGAGCUGGCCACCCACAAUCGAGAACACAAGCUGAACAAGAUCAAGAGCUCCGUAUCUCCUGAUAUUGGCAUUGAGAAAGCGAUGGCUGAUCGCAAUCCCAAAGUCAAGUUCUUGGUUGGAUCGCCGAUGACCAAUAUUGAACAAGUAUGUUUAAAUAUUCCUGAUAUUUGUGCAUACUAUUGGAGUGAUUUUAUCUUAUGUUUUUUAGAAAAAUGUGGAGCAACUGAAGAAAUGUGCUUCUAUCAACGACAUGUUGAACACCGGAUUGUUGCAGACUUCUUCGACAUCUUUUACGCCCAAAAGAAAUGUAAGAUCUUUUUUAAUAUUUGGGGUGUCAUGUUCUGAUGGUGAUCUAACUCUUUGUUAAAUAUCUAUUUUAGAUUUACGGGUCUCAAUCAGGCAGGUAUGCUCGAGUUAGCGAAGAAGUCAUAGAUCAACCGGUCGAAGCGUUAGUGACAACAAAGUUCUCAGAAUGGUGUUCCAAAUCGUUUCAAGAGCCCAUCUUCAAGACAAUUUAUGAAGAAGUUUCGACUUCGACCAGGAAUUCCUUGGUCGAUGGGUCAUGCCCGUUCACCAAAGCUAAGCCUACCGAUUGGGCUUUGCAUACAUACGAAGGUCUACGACAGAAGGCUGCUGUCGAUGUGGAAUUGUUCAAAAAUGAGGUACGUUAGGCUGAUUUGAUAUUAUAUUGAUAUCACACUAUCAUAAGAAAUUUGAAAAAUAAUCAUUUUUGAUUUUACAAAUGAAUUUACAGAAGAUCCGAUGUGAUGUGCAACAUUUAAAUGUUAACGUCCAAACACCACAAACCAGUAUGGUAUGGAGCAUGUUACGGCCGUACUUGUUCACUUGUGACGGUUCUAUUGUGUCAAUCUUCAACUCGGAGAGAGCUACAAACGUUUCACCUUUGAAGGCAUGGUUCGACGCGUCUACUGAAGGGAUUCUGGGCGACAGAAUCACAGAAUUGAUGGUCGCCAACGGAUUAACACACGAACUUGUAAUGACAGGGUCAAUGAACGGAGUUUUAAAAGUUUGGGAUCUUCAGUUCCACGAACAUGGCCACGAGAUCGAAGGUCAGCCGGAACUGAUUACAACUGCCCAUUUGAUGAAGGACCAGAGCAGGAUCAAGCUGGGAAAGGAUACCUCCAAGAACCUGACUUUAUACAGGUAUGGGCAUUGUUUUACAUUGUUGUAGAACUAAGUAAUUUUCAACUAUGUGUUGAUUACAUUGCAAAAUUGAUCAAAAGUAAAGGUAAUGUUGUUUUAGGUGGGAUCAAGACUUUGGUUCUCUUGUGACAUCAGGAAACGUCAGAGUUUGUAGAAUCUGGGAUGCGUGGGCAGAGCAAGUUCAACGUGAUAUCAACCUCAGAAGUAAGAGCGAAGUUGUGUCAGCGAUGUCAGUGAACUUGAGCAAUAAUCUCAUAAGUUGUGGUGAGUUAUUAUAUUUCCUACUUAUUUACUUUCUCAUGUAACGGCAUGCUGUUCAAAUAUAUUAUUUUACGUUUUCAGGUUUUCGAGAUGGAGUUGUCAACGUACUGGACGUCCGUCUCCCAGCCAAAGAAUGUGAAAUAAUGAAGUUCCACGAGUUCGGAACGGCAAUAAUGGACUGUGCCAUCACUCCAGAAAAUCAAGGAAUCAUCGUGGGUUCAGCCGACGGUGACUUCAGAUUCUGGGAGCCGAGAAUGUUCCAAGAACCGGUAGUAGAAUUCAACGUGUUCAAGGACACCUUCUCCUCUCCACCGGCAACGAUGCGGUUCUCAGCGACUCCAAAGACGAAAGAGUACCAGACCAUCAGAGCAGUCGACAUUCAACCUCACGGGCAGCUGAUAUCGUGUGCCACGAAUGAUGGCUACUUCAGACUGUUCGACGUUUGUGGCAAGAAAUGUUUGGCCCAGACCAAAGUGGGUGGGGAAGGUCAGAAGGGCCCAACUGCCAUGAGAUUCCACUCCCACAAAGUGAUGCUUGGGGUUGGUACUGACAAAACAGUAUGUGCUUUUGGAGCACCCAACUCCUGA